UGUGGCGGUCGGGUUUCCCAAAGGUUUUCUUGGCUGCCGAUGGCCUAUCGAACUGCAUAUGUGGUGUGUUAAACGGCACUUCACGACCUCCUAUGCAAUAUACCGAAAAAAUGACAUAGCCCUUGGAACUCUAGUACAAGAAGAAGCAAGUAUGAAUACGAAAGUGGUUGUUUUCUGCGCGGAUAGAUGCAUCACGCUGCUUUAUGCCUUAAAACAUGACACAUCUAUAGGAAAAGGAAUCUUUGUUCAAAGCGCUCGAUAUUUCGAGCCUACAUAUACUAACUUCUCCCAUGACCUGUAAAAUGGACUACAGCGUACCCAUCACACCAUUUGAUACUCCUCCAACUGCUGGCUAUCCAACCCCGAUGAAAAUGAAAAAACUCCCGCAAGACGAAAGACCCGUCGUUAAAAUCCACGAUCCGGCAACGCUGGAAGGGCAGCAAAUUGGCGCCAUCAUUUCAGUCAAGAGAGCAUUGAAACCCACAGCCCUCUCUUUACCUCUCGCCAAAGUCGGCGAUUUUGUCGAAGUUUUGGCACAUCAAAAUAUCAAUCAAGUUGAAGUGGAGAGUAUUCGUACUGGUAUGACGGGAACCAUUGAUUGGGAGGAUUUACUUCCGGUUCCUUAUGAUGGAAAAUGCGGCUGUUUGAGUGGAGGAUGUCGAUGCAUUUAUGAAAACUGGCAAGCAUAUUCUGCACGCCACCCACUAAGAUCGGUGCCCGUUUAUGGUAGUCAGGAUAUGAGUGGACUGGAUGGUAUGAAAUCUGAAUUUGCCAUAAUGAAGGACUGAGCACAAUUCGACAUCAUAUUCACCAUUACUUACUCGUCCAUAGUAACCAUGCCUCCCCAAACGCCCAUUCCUCCAAACGCGCGAUUCCAGCUUGGCAAUAUUACAACAAAGACACACCUGGAAGUAAAUGAUCCCUCAACGAUUGCUGGACAGAGACCCGGUGCCAUCUUAGUUGUAAAGCACCACCCUCAUUAUCCUCAUGACUUUGGCCCUAUUCUCAAAACGGAAAUCGAAGACCAUUGUAGGUAUCUCGAGGGUUGCGAGGGAGGUUGGGGCAAGGUGAAGGUUGAAAAUCUUCGCACUAGAAAGGAAGGAUUUUUGCGAUGGGCAAGUUUUAAACCGGUUGGUGUGAGGAAAAGGUGCUCCUGUAAUAAGGGUCAUUGUUAUUGCCUGUAUGAGGAUUUUGAGAAAAGCAAAGCCUAUUGUGAGGCUUAAAAAUGCGAGGCUCAAAGAUGACACUUGGAUCCGAGUUUCUUUGACGAUGAAUUGAUAUUAUGAUAGGGACAAAGAUCAGUCUAUUAAAUAAUGAAAACCUCACUUCCUUCUUGAUUCUGGACUUAGUGGGUGUGGAAAGUGAUGUUCCACCCGUCGAAAAGCCAUUUCAAAAGUACAUGUAAUUUUCAUAUCAAGCUUACUAUGUGUCAGGUACGCUGAUGAUUUUGGAAGCACAAAGAGAACCAUUGUAAUCAUGGGCUACGGUGGAUAUAUAAAUCUCAAAUUAGUCAGAAUGAAAUAUGUCAAGGCGUAAUAACAAUCCCAAUUUAAAUUUGACUAAAUAAUGUUUGAUCAUUCAAGCUUACAACAUUAGCUUUUCGGAACUGGACGCUCAAGGCGGCCUUGACAGGAGUAUAUGUUUGAUGUAUGAUCUCUUUUAUCCAUUGCAUGAUUGUGAACAUCUCUCCUAAAAAGUAAUUCAGAUGCACCACUGCGCGGCUGGCUGUCAUGCUGCAGCAGUUAUGUUCCUGUGAGAAAAUCGUGACAAAGUAGUUGAUUGCCUUCCACUGCGUGCACCUUCAAUGAAACAUUUCCA